AUGGCUGCUAUAGAUUGUGAUGAUGAUAUAAUGGCGUCGAGAUUACUAGACAUUGAUAAGAAGGUUGGUUUGGUUGUAUAUGGAAAUCAUGAGCAGGUUCGAGAGAAAUUGAUUGAGAUGGAGAUUGACUCAUUUAAUUGUCGAGGGCUGGGGAGCGAGGUAAAGCAAAAGAAGGUUUGUGAGAUUGUUCGCUCUGAAGGUCUGGAGUUCUUAGCGAUUCAGGAAACAAAACUUGAGACAUGUAAUAGUAAUUUAUGUGCGCAUUUGUGGGGUUCUGUGGAUUUUGAUCGGUGUACCUUGCCCUCCAUUGGCAGAAGCGGGGGUAUGCUUUUACUUUGGAAUACUUCCAAAAGUCAAAUACUUUUCUCCUUUUCUGGUACUGGGUUCCUGGGUGUUUGCUUGCAAGUAUUAACUACUGAAAACCUAUGCGUUAUGGUGAAUGUCUAUGCAUCGUGUAGACUAAGUGAGAAGAGAAAUUUAUGGGAAGAUUUGCUCAUGACAAGAAGAAGUUUUGACAAAUUUAUGUGGUGUAUAUUGGGUGACUUCAAUGCUGUGAGACAGGUUCUAAGCAGAGAUGUGUCUAAUUAUUGUCCUAUUAUUCUUAAGCACAAAGUGGUUAACUGGGGUUCGAAACCGUUUCGAUUUAACAAUUGUUGGCUGACUUAUAAAGGAGUUGUGAAGGUGGUGGAGGAAGCGUGGAAAAGAGAUAUUACCCUCCCAUAG